AUGACCGUGGAAAUAGACCUUGACAAGCAAGGUAACCAUAACGUCUGGAAGGACUUUAUCAGCGCGUCCAUUGAGCACAUCUCCACCUCGAUUUCUAUGAGCAGAAGCAAGCGCGCUCAUGACGAGAACCUACCAGCUACUCCACAGAACCGUUCCUUUACGUUUGUCGAUGGCUUCGCACCCAAAAAACCGCGUCUUUCUGCCAAGAACACCUGCCAGUUUACCUCUCAAGAAAUACAGAACAUUCAACGAGAUCGCGAAGCCCAACGGCUAACGCAAGCGAGGGAGAAGGAAGAAUUGGUGGCUAGGAAGAAGGAGGAGCUUGAUGUUGAGCAGCUGAGAGUGGUUUGGCAGAGUAUGCGAGGUGCAGGUUUCAAAUCCUUGCAUGACUACCUACACACCCUCUUCCAUACCAGAGACCCCGUCCUUUCCGCUCAAGUCUCACGGAUGCUCUCGUAUCACGGAUCCGAACUCCUUGACUCUAUUCACGCAUGCCAUCCAGAUAUGGCCAUCGAUUGGGCCCUGAGUACUACUGCUGAACGUAUCGAAUCCGAGUGGAAGGUCCUCGUUAAGGAGUUCCAACCUGGCCAGGGUGCUCCGAUUACAGACAUUCUUGUGAGGUUCUCACUGCAGCGGGUUCUUGCACAAACACAGGUUCUUGCCCCAACACUAUACGACCUUUUACAGCGGGUCAGUGGAUCACACAAGUCCACUUUGGUACAUAAGGACCGCAACCUGAUAGUGGCAACUACAAUUUGCAUGCUCGUCAAGUCACACAAUGACCACGCAUCCGAGUUCCAAACAACGACAUGCAUGUAUUUUCUCGCAUGCGGCGCGUCACGGUCACUUUUUGACGUUCUCAACCACGCCGGUCUCACCCUUUCCUAUACACAGGCUGUUGCUAAACUCAAGCAGCUCGGGGCAGAGCGUCUUGAGGAAAUGCACGCCGUUUCACAUACCCAGGCUGUGAUGAUUAUCUGGGAUAAUCUGAACAUCGCCUUCAAUGUGACGGAACAACGUCAUGAUUUGAAGGCACAUUUUGACAACGGGAUGAUGGCCACUCUCAUCCCCCUUUUCGGGGUCGAGUUCGGUGGACUACUGCUUGACCUGUUGCCUCGUCGCAACAACCGCCUUCCGCUGUUGUCCUUUGGGCCAGCAGAUCUUCUUCCGUCUUUGGAGGAAGCACGGCGUGUCGAGGAUGGCCAACUUUGGCAUAUCCAAGACAUCCUCUACGAUGCCUUCCCUGAUCUUUGUGACCGUUUUCGGCAUGAGAUUGAAGCAGCGCCCUCAGUCUAUCAGAUCCCUUUGCACAAAACGAAACAGUAUCCCUUGCCUGCGAUGCACAUUGAUGAGUCAAGUUUGGAUGGAACUCUAGAGGUUCUCGACACCAUCGUUACGCGCCACUUGAAGUUCACUGCGGAAGACCUCCAGAAGCACGGCAUACUCAUUUGUGCUGGAGAUCAGCUCUCUAAGCUCCUCGUUGACAAGGUAGCUGCGGCACGUCGAGAUGACUCAGACCUCCUCGAGAACGUGAGUCGAUACACAAAAGGUCAAGAUGGAGUGUUUCACAUGAAGAUGGCGGGUGACCAUAUGGUUACCAAUGAACACUGGGGAAAACCCAAUAGCAAAUCACCUUGGUCACUUUGGAAGGUGAAUACCCUGCUUGGACGUAAGGCUAUGGUUGGAGGCUGGUCAGCGAAAACCCUCCCCCCUUUUCGGCUGUCUUGGGAACUUAUACUCACGAUGGCGUUACCCACCAACAUCCUUGAUGGUUUCCGGAUCUACUCACGUCGCGUUCAGCGCUUGCGUCGACUCCCGCCAAAAAAGCGUGACGUGCCACUCGAGAACAUUUGCCUCUUCAACCGUGAUGCGCUUCUUCUCCGGCAGCUCAAAUACGCAAUCAAACGUGGCGAUGUUGGUGCCAUUCUUGACAUUUGCACACACUGGAUGGUGAUGUUUCGUGGGACGGGGCGAAUGCCCAAGUAUGCGGAUGCCCUCUUUCAUUUGCUCAUAGACCUAAAGACAAUGCACCCUAAGCUACGAGAGGCUUGGCUCAUGAACUGGCUUGCCAAUCUCUCCGGUAAAGUUAAUGGUUUCAAAGAAAUGGACCUUCUACAAGAACAUCAAAAUUUCUGGGCCAAGAUUAUCUAUUGUGCAAAAGGAUCAAACCGCAGCUGGGAGUGGCUAGCUAUGGUUUCAGUAUCCAUUUUUGCUCUACGCGAUGUGAUCCGACAGGUCCAAUCAGAAUAUAAGACACUGUUCAACGCCACCUCUCAUACCAGCCUGUCUGCUGAAGCUGACCUCAAGACUCUUCGAAGCUACCUCAAGAGCGAACAGCUGCAAACUUACAAGUUUGAUCGGGACAACAACCAGUAUGCCACUCCAGUUCGGGACCUCCUCGCAGUUGGUGCCGAGUACGCCAAUAAGCCCAGCGCGUUCCGAAACUUCACAUACACCCGCCGUAAGGCAACGAAUUUCGGAGUCUCUGAAGGUCAAGUCACGAUGGGUCCUACCGACAAUGACAAUCCCAACGAUGAGGAUGUUGCUGAUUGUGAUCUCGGUCAUAACAGUUCAGAGUCCUUGAUGGCUGAGGAUAUGAUUUUCGAUGGGAACAACAGUCCGUUCACAUUUGACGAAGACGAGUACCCACCAGGAACGGACAUUGGGGAUUUCAUUGCUAUGACAAAAGAAAUUGUGGAUGAAUUUUCGCGUUAUGAAUAG